AGAGCAGAAUUGCCUGAGCUGCUUUCCACAAUGCACAGCUGGUGUUUUAGAAAACUUGUGCUUAUUUUCAGUUGUUUUAGGUGAUAUAAUUUGACUAGCUUUAUGGAGCAUGUGGGGGAGAUGUGCUUUUUGCUGUUCGUUGACAGUCAGUUGCAGUGUGAUCACCUGUAACAAAAGGGUUGCUGCCUUGCACCUUUACACCAAAACCUAGAAGUAAAUCGUAUGGGGCUUUAGUCAGAGCUUGCAUUGGCUGUGGAGUCUGAACUGAGACAUUUGCUUUAGAAUAGUCACUGCUGGAGAAAAUGAGGAUUGUUUUUCUUGUAUUUGUUGAAUUUCUGCACAAGGAGGGGCAAGUGGUUUGUUUGGCUGAUAGAAGGAGCAUGACGUCUUAGGAAUGCCUUCAGUCAUACAAUGGUCAAACUUGUAUUUCUCUAUCAGUUCAACUUCUAAGAGUCUGGAAAAGGGGGGCCGCUAUGCUGGUACUUCUGUCGCACACUGUUGCGGAGCGCUGAACUCUGCGUUUUGUUGCUGCAGCACGCAGAUAGCUGUUUGAACACACUGGUGUACGAUCUUAAAAUACUAAUUCUGAGCUUUAGGUCAGGACAUGCAAUAGCUGGAUGCUUUAGCCACCAACUCUUAAUAGUGCGUUGGAGUACAAUUCAUGAUUUCAUUUCCUGGUAUUUCAUAAGCUGUGUGCAAUUUUUAACUCUGCUUUUUUGCCAGUAAGACCGUGUUGUUUUAACGUUUUCUCUUUUAUUCACCCUCAGCUGUGAUGCAGGAAAAAAAGAAAUGGAGUGCUUGGAACCAGCUGUAGGGUGUUCACAUGAUGGGUUAUCUAAACUCAGGUGUGAGAGCAGAGUCUGAUAGAUACUGGCAUCUUUAUGGACUACAGCUGUUUCCAAAGUGAUCAGGUUGACUGUUUUAAAGUCUUCUGCAACUUCUGCACCCUGAAGGCAAUGUGAGCUUUCAGCAGAUAGCUAGUACCUCAACUUACAUGGUGUCAGAACAUGAUUACAGCCCGGAUCCCUUUGGACUUGUUUAAGUAGCUCAAGGCUGCAGUUUCUGUUGCAUUUUCAAAUAUGACCUAAACGUUACUUCCACAGCUGGAAGGUGUGUCACCAGAAAUAAUGCAAAGUUUCCCAGGCUGUGACAUGUGCAAUGUUCUGCAGCUGAUAUGCUUAUUUUAGUGAUUUUUUUUUUAUUACCAAACACUCUUAUUUUUCUGCAACAAGGAAAAUAUCCCAAACUCAAGCUCUAAUUAAUAGCAAUAAUGAAAUGUAUUUAUUAUGAACUUAUACUCCAUCUUUGUGUAUUUUUGUGUCUUAGAAUGCUUACUUGUAUUACAUUAUUUGAUCUUAAUUGGGUAAUGAAAGGGUAAAUAGGUUGGAAAGCCUUGCGGUGAAUAAUGUGGUUUAGUCAUACCGGAUUGCGUAAACUGGACUGUUAACGUUUUACUGAGAACGCUCAUAUGGUUACAUGCCUUCAUUUGCUUUAGUGUGACAGUGCUGGAUUUAAUUAGAUUUUAUGGGACCUAAACUUACAAGAAGGCUCAACGUUCUGUAUUCAAAACUUGACACGUGGAAUGACCUUUUCUUCCUUAGAAGAUAAAGGUACUCUGUGUUCUCCUGCUGGUGAAUAAUUGCAGUGAAGCUGCUGCAGCAAUUUUUGGCUAACGUUUAUGGUAGGGUUUGAAGAGAGAGAGAGCAUUACAAUAAGGAUUUUUCAGAGGAAUAAAACUUCAUUCUUGCAGCUUUAUAAUAGUCAGGAACACGCUAUUUACCUUGGCUGCAGUAUGUUUACUUGUCUACCUUGCCUCUUAUAAGUGUAACAUUCUUAUGCAAUCUUCAUGACUGUGCAUUAGAAAGCAGAAUAGAUCUUAACUUUUUAUAUCGUUGUAUUUGCACUCCUUCUACAGACAGGUUUGCCUGCCAAAACUAAGUCUUGUCACAAGACUUGAAAUAAGCACAUUUCCUCAUUGAUGUCAUCACAUCCUGGUUCUAACCAAGGUUUCCAAUAAGGUUAAAGUGUCAACAAUGUACUGAACUUUGCAAGAAAGAGCAAUGCAGAAUAUUAUUCUGAAAUAUGAAAGUUAGGGCUAUUUAUUUGUACUUCUUGGUGUGGGUGGACUCCUACAAGUUUCAUAAUAAAAUUCAUGUUUUCGUAAUGCUAAAAGGUAGCUGUUAUAUAUGAGUCUUAGGACAGGUGUGACUAGGAUGCACUCGCACAAAAGCAUAGAGCCGCAGUUUUCUGAGGAUCCAAAUCACAGCCGUGUCGAGGAGUGUUUCUGAUGUGUUGCUCUAAUAAGUAAGUUGAGUGAGCAUAUUUUCUUUAAUGAUACCAAGGUAACUAACAUAUUCUCUUAGGUCUAAAAUAUCAAGUAAAUCUGGAACAUUCUUGUUCACAAACUUUGAUAUGAAGACAAAAAUUAAAGACAGUGAACCUGUUGUUCUGGAUUUGGAGCUCUGUUUGGUUUGGUCCGUUGUAUUAGCAAUAGUGGAUGUGUUUCACUGGGAAGAAGCCCAUAGGGGCUGAUAGUUGUGUAGCUGCUUCCUCAGCUGCAUGGCAUUUUUCUUAAGAUUGUAACAUAUUUAUUGAAUUCAUUUUAUAUGGAAGCUGCAUGAGUUAUUUUUAAUGUUAGGGUGGGUGAUACCUAAAUGCAUUGCUCUUAAGCCCAGAUUUCUCUGUUAUUUGGAAUGUAUACUUCCAGGAAUUCUAUAAAUGUGCAGAUGCAGUCUGCUCGUCACACUUUGUGCUUGCAGAAGGACUGCAGGGCUGGUGCUGUCUCCCAAACCUUGGCUACUCCAUUUGUUGCAGGCUGUCAGGAGUGCUUUGCCCUUAUUUGACCCAUGAGUUUUUUUUAAUUGAUAAAGUAAAUAGGGAAUGGUUCUUGGUUCUCAGAGAGCACAGCAACUGAACCCAAACCUCCUGGUUUCAAAAACACCUGGCUUAACUGAGGAAUUGCUUAAAAUCAGCUUUCAUCCCUUUCCACCACAAACAAAAGUCACAAUCUCACAAGUGCAGAUUAAAUAACCUUUAUUAAGGCUGGAGCUAAGAAGAAUAUUAAAUGGAUUUCUCUUGGUUUUGUUUCCCUCAGUGUUGAAACUGUGAGUGGUUGCUUCAAGUGUGAAAAUCUGUACUAGGUAGUGCCGCUAGCCUAAAGUCUAACCAUUUAAUCUUGUGAAUGCAGCUCAGGUACCAGUUGUUUUGCCUGAGGAUGCUGUACUUUGAAUCAGCUUGUAGCAGCAACUGCUCUCAGAGAAACAUUUAUGCAGAAUGUAAAUGAAGUGCUUAUCUGAAGGCAUGGCUACAUGAGUUAACUUGUGUAAGGCAAGCCAAGCUCCAGUUUGCAUCAUCAGCAACUUGCACGUGAUCCAGCUUCACUUAAUGUGCAAGUGUACUCAUCUCGCAUUGAAGGGUAAAUUAUUGGCUUGCAUUUCUUGGAGGAUAAAAGUAAACACAUUGGUAAAGCAGAGUAGCUAAUAAGGCAUGAAUAAACAUGCAUGUCUAUCGUGCAGUAAUUUGUUCUGUAGCCAUUACGUGGCGGUGCACAAGGCCAAGAAGCCAAGAAUGCUUCAUCCAACAUGCACUUUUCUCAGUGUUUCUGUCUCUGUGUUGCCUUGUCAGUGAACUGAGCUGGGUUGAGAUGAGACCUUUACAGGGGUGGUGGAGGGAACAGCAGUACCAAAGCUCUCCUCAAAUUGUUAUUACCACAGAAAAAAAGCUUUUUAGCUGUGUUUUCAGAAUGCUAAUUAUAUAUCAAUUUGAAUUAGAAAUAAUUGUCAACAAAUGUAAAACUUGGAGUGUGAAUAUUUUUUUUCCAUGCUUAUAAAGAUACUUGAGUGGUGCUUUGGGAACUAGUCUAAAAUUUAGCCUUGUCUUGUAAUCUCUUAAAUAGCAAAAGUGGUGGAAGUUGUUUUUGUAAGGGUUGUGCCCAUUCAAGUGCUGGGCAGCCUACAGUGUGCCCUCUGGUAAAGGCAGCCUUCAAACCCAAAGUGGGUCUGUGUCUUUGUCUCCAGAACUUCACUGACUUCAAUCUUGAUUUGUUAGACUCCCAUGAGGCACUACUUUUUAUCUUAAAUAGAUUUUGAGUUUCUCGUCUUGCUUUUUGGCCAGGUUUGCCUUUGGUUACUAUUUAUCCAUUGUCCUUUCUCUUCACCCAACCUGGAUGUUGGGUUGUAGAAGUGGAAAGGAAAUAGGUGGUUUUUUAAGAUAGUGUUCUUGUUUAUUUUAUCUUGCAGAUUUUCAGAGUAUUUUUAAUAACAGGACAUAAAUGAGUUACUGAACCUGCAAAUUCGGUCACUGAUUUUUUCCAGCCUUUGUAAUCCAGAGACUGAGUACUAUACUUCUUCCCUCCUGAAUCCUCAGAUGAGCAUCCUGUGUGAAUUGUGUGAUCAAAUGCUUUUGCAUCAAGUGACAGGUCCAGUUGUACUGGGAUGACGUCUGUGCUGCCAGCAAAAGAAUUGGUUUUGGGGCAAAGUAUUUCACAACCCCCUCACAACGUUCUGAGGUCUCAGGAAAUGGGAGUGUGGUGGCUGGAGAAAGCUCUCUGGUCACCUGACCAGAAGUUAAUCUUGCCAUUUGUCAGCACUUCUAUUAAAUAGAAGAGCUAUUUUUAAAGUGCUUGUUGCCAGCGUGACUGCAAAAUUAGAACAAGUAGGAAAAUGGGUUUGGUUUUUAGUAAAAAGGAAGUACUUUGGGCAAAAUGCCACUUCAGCUUAUCACAGGAAGUAUAUAUAGUUCAGGAACUCUUAUUCUCAGGCUUCUCUGUGGAGUGAGGCUCCUGAUAAGAAUAACUGGGUGAUAGUGUCCAGUCUCAAUGCUGUGCUGUUGGGAGGAGCAGCUCUUGAGCACACAUUGCUGCAGAAGCUGAAGUUUGCCUUGCCUUUCUACUAAUGUAGAAAUAUGUGGUGAAUUAUUCCAUGGGCUGAACAAUGUUCCACAACGCUACAAGUCCAGGUUAUCAACAUCUGAGAAAUGAAUAAAUUACGGCAGAGCUUUAGGAGAAAGAAAGAUGUCUAUGUGCCAGAGGCCAGUAGGCCUCAUCAGUGGCAGACUGAUGAAGAAGGCGUCCGUACUGGCAAGUGCAGCUUCCCUGUUAAGUACUUGGGGCAUGUUGAAGUGGAUGAAUCCAGAGGAAUGCAUAUCUGUGAAGAUGCUGUGAAGAGACUGAAAUCUCUACCUUCAGUAAUAGCGCUCGACUUGUCCCCCCUGUUCCUCCAGGAAAGGAAGUUCUUCAAAGGCUUCUUUGGAAAAACUGGGAAGAAGGCGGUUAAAGCGGUCCUGUGGGUGUCAGCGGAUGGACUCCGAGUGGUAGAUGAGAAAACAAAGGAUCUCAUAGUUGAUCAGACAAUAGAGAAGGUUUCUUUCUGCGCGCCAGACAGGAACUUUGACCGGGCGUUCUCAUACAUCUGCCGAGAUGGCACCACCAGGCGCUGGAUAUGCCACUGCUUCAUGGCUGUGAAGGACACGGGGGAAAGGUUGAGUCAUGCCGUGGGCUGCGCGUUCGCAGCGUGCCUGGAGCGAAAGCAGAAGCGAGAGAAGGAGUGUGGAGUCACUGCCACCUUUGAUGCCAGCAGAACCACAUUCACUAGAGAGGGGUCAUUCAGGGUCACUACAGCUACUGAACAAGCAGAAAGAGAGGAAGUUAUGAGACAGAUGCCGGAUGCUAAAGCUGAAACAGAAGUGAAGACAGCAGCACCAGGUGCUGCCCCAGCUACUACUGCCCCCUCUCCUGGCUCACCAGCUUCUCCUACUGCUGAAGUCGCUGCCUCUGUGGAGAAGGAAAUGAGCAACCCCCACGCUAUCCCACGGAGGCAUGCCCCUAUAGAACAGCUUGCCAGGCAAGGCUCUUUCAGGGGCUUCCCUGCCCUUAGUCAAAAGAUGUCUCCUUUUAAGCGCCAGCUGUCCUUGCGAAUAAAUGAACUGCCUUCAACAGUGCAAAGGAAGACGGAUUUCCCCAUGAAAAACUCAGUCCCAGAGGUGGAAGGGGAAGUGGACAGCAUUAGUGCCCUGUGCUCGCAGAUCACCAGUGCGUUCAGCACGCCGUCGGAGGACCCUUUCUCUUCGGCGCCCAUGACAAAACCCGUGACAGUGGUCGCCCCACAGUCUCCUGCCUUUCAAGUUAAUGGCACUGCCUCAGCCUUCUGUGUGCUUGCUGCUAAACCAUCCCAAGCUGCUGUAGUGUCCACAGCUAUGCCAGUUCGUGAAACCAAUCCCUGGGCUCAUGCUCCUGCUGCUAAUACUGGAGCUGCAGCCAUGGUCUCUGGCACCGAAUGGAACAGCAGCACCCCCGGCACGGCCUCGCCAAGUCUCUUCCAAGGAAAUCACAGACGUACUCCCUCAGAGGCAGACCGCUGGUUGGAAGAGGUCUCAAAGACUGUCCGUGCCCAGCAGCAGCAGCAGCCAGCCCCAGCCCCACAGCCGCCACUGCAGCCCCCUCCGGCCGCUUCCCAGGCAGCAGCCGCCGCCUACCCCGUGAGCACCUUCAUUGCGCCUCAGCCUGUGCCGGUUGGUGUGGUACCGCCCAUGCAGCCACCCUUUAUUCCAGCUCAGCCCUACGCUGUAGCAAACGGGAUGACCUACGCGGCAGCCCCAAGCGUACCUGUGGUGGGAAUCACGCCUUCCCAGAUGGUGGCCAACGUCUUUGGCACGGCGAGCCACGCUCCGGCUGCCCAUCCACACCAGUCCCCCAGCCUCGUCAAACAGCAGACGUUCCCUCAGUACGAGGCCGGCAGCGCUACAGCCAGCCCUUUCUUCAAUCCGCCUGCGCAGCACAACGGCUCUGCAGCUUUCAAUGGCGUUGAUGGUGGCAAAUGGGCUGCAGAGGACAAGCACCCCCAGCCUCCCGCAGCUGCUCCGCAGGUAGACCCGUUUGAAGCACAGUGGGCAGCACUGGAGAGCAAGGCAAAGCAGCGCACAAAUCCCUCCCCGACCAACCCCUUCUCAAGUGAUUUACAGAAGACAUUUGAGAUUGAACUUUAAGUGGCCCUGUAGGGGGGUGGAUAACUUGUACAUUAGGCUAGAGGGAUAAAGGGAGCAGAGGGGACUGUUUCUCAUCCGUUUGCUUUGAUAAUCCCAAAGGUCCCUUCAAAUGAAAAUGGCUUAGAAGGAGGGAGCAGUGAUGGGGAGGAUAGAAACGUAUACAGAAUUUCACGUGCAGUUCUCAAAAUGAACCCUGGAGCCACCUCGGUCUGCAUUCCCUCUUCACUUGGAAAGCUGGAAGUUACACAGCAGAGAUGGGCACCAGGUCCUACAGAAGCAUCACGUAUCUCAGAAAGAACAGCAGAUCUCAUACCUGCGACCUUCUGAGGCCCCGUGAGUCCUGGACGUUCCCCCUCAGGGAAAAAACAGGGUUGGGGUGGGGGAGGUAAGGAGGAGGGUUGUCACCUGCUUGGCAGAAGCUAGGUCUGUGGAAAAAGUUGAGCUUCCAUUUUGAGUAACAAAGUGAAUAUUAUAUGUAAAGACUAAAGUAAAGCCAAAAUCUUUAUUUUUAUGCAUUUAGAAUAUUUUAAAUAGUGGAUAUUAAAAGAUGUAUGAGUUGUAAGUAAUCUUGCCAAAGGUUUAAAAAAAAGGGGGGGGGGGUGAAUGUAAGAAAUUGUACAUAAGAUUGAUUUAUCUCCGAUUCUUAUUGUAAGUAACGUUGGGGGGUGGAAAAGGGGGCUCUAGCUUGUUCUUGUACCUGUUCAUUGUAAGUAGCAUAUUGCAACAACAAUCACAACCAAUAAGUCAUUAUAUUGUAGUUUUAAAUAAUGAAAAUUAAAGAACAGUAUUGUCAUGGUCUGAAAACCAUGGGGAAAAUUAACUGUUUUUUUAUUGGAAUCAAGCUACAUAUUAUAUAUAGUACAUUUUUUUUUCUUUCAUGUAUUGCUGCAGUUUUCUUGUCUUAAUCUAUUGGUUCUAACACUACUGUGACAAAAACUUACUGUAACCAUAUCUAACAUCCUGGGGCUGCCUAGGAACCCAUUUUCUGUUUGUCUGUCAAUAGAUCUUAGAGGUUUUUUAACUUUUGUUUUUAUUUUUUCCACGGAUUUGUGAAACCUUGUGGUAAGGCUGCAGCUGGUCCAGGUUCUGCCUCUGGUGACUUGUGAAAUCCAUCUCAUUUUAACUUUACUUUUAAACUUUGGCCUUACAAGCAAAUGUAAGUUAUAUAUAUUUGUACUGAUGAUUUAUAAUCUGCUUUAACAGAAAUAAAUGUUGGUGGUAGAA